CGGCAGGGCCCUAGGCGGGGUCCCCUGAACGAUGAGGAGUUUGCCAGUCACCUGCCCGCCGAUGCAGGGGGAAUCCCAGAAGGGGCUGCUGUCCAGGGGAAAGGGGGGCUUUUUCCUUCCAGUUUUGUCUAACGAGAAAAGGAGGAACAGAGACAUCAAAUGGGGAUGUGCGGAAGGGACAAGACGGACGGCAGGUGACUGUGAAGGCGGGGUAGAGGAGUCUGCGUAGGUACCGCGUGUGUGUGGAGACCAAGUGAGAAGGGGCCAGCCCUAGGAGAUGGGGGAAAGAGUGUCGGCGCCGAGGGCAGAGCAGUGCAAAGGUCCUGAGGCACAAAUAGACUGGACAUGGUCUAGUGUGAACGAAGGCUAGCGUGGCUAGAGGACAGCAGGUGAGAGCAGUGCUGGGAGAUGAGGAGUCGGGAUCGCACUCUGAGGACGGUUGGAGUCUGCCAGUUAAGCAGAGGCUUGCUAGGUGGAAGAGAAGGGCUGUAAAGGUGUAAGAAUCGUGCCAGUGGAGGCCAGCGUUUUCCACAAACUUCCCUUCUCCCAGCCCCAGGAGCCCUCUUGUCUCAGGAUGCUGCAAACUGGAAGCAAAGCCCCAUGCCUGCCUUGGUGGAGAUGUUAAUAUUUACUUCAUGCUCUUUCUGCCCAUCUCUCGGGUUUGAGCUCAGGCCCUCCAGGCCAGAGGUUCGGAAAUGGAUGCACCUCUUAAUCAGCGGAUGCUUCCUGGGUGCCCACCUGUGGAGCAGGUGGGGGGGCCUGGGCUCUGAAAGGAGAGGGGAGGUGGGACUGAUCUCCAGCCCCUGAGCAGCUUGUGGGAGUGAACAGGGAGUUACCAUGCUGCUUCCACAGGGGGACUCUGAUGUGUGUAGUUCGCACCCCCUGGACAGGUGUGUGAGGCAGGGAGGUGUCAUCCGUGGGGGCUGGAGGGCAGAGGGCCCCAGGAUCCUGUGAUGGUGUCUUGUGCAGAGGAGGCGAAAGUGUAAUUGCAUGUCAAGCCAGGGCGAUGCAGAGCCACGGGGAGGCAGAGGCGACCUGCGAUUUGGAGCGAUCACCCUGUCUCAAGAUGUUGACUCCUGGUGUCGUUGGUGUCCGACAGAGCCAGACUGUUUGACUUUGGUGACAUCUGGACCCUUCCCAAGCUGUGUUUAUUUCUGGUAAAUUGUGACUCUGGUUCCCAGACACUCUUGGCAAACAUUCUCCUGUCUCCCAUCUUCCCCAGCGAUGGUUCUCACAGGCUGCAUGGCUUGCUUCCUGUGCAUCGUCGUCAGUGAUGGUUGCGGUACGUUUAUCCCAACCACAAAUACUUGCUGCUUUCCUUUCCUGGUGAAGCAGUGGUCUGUCUGGCUGGUCCUGAGGGCACCUGAGGCACAGCACUGAAGGGAAGGAGCCUGUGGCCACCGCUGGGCUCCCAUUCCCACUCCUCCACCUCCCAACCUUCCUGUGUCUCAUUGUCUCUUUGCAAAGCGGGGCCAGUAGCCACACUACCUUGUACAUGGUUCUGAGAAUUAAGUCAUUGAGUUAAUGCGUGUGAAGUCAUCGGCAGUGCCUAGCACGUAAUGAGGCCUUGUGAAAUGGCAGGUGUUAAUGAGAGCAGUGGCGAGGACCGUCCUGGACAGGAGUCCCUGUUACAUGCCGCCCAUGGCUCGCACGCCCAGGGUGGAGUAUUUGUUUAGGAGCAAUGGGGCAGAGCAUCUGGAAGCCGCGAUUACAGGUGUUAGAGUGGUGCUGUCAUCCCACGUAAGGAGAGAAAGUACGGAUCUGUUGUGGCCCAGGGCCAUCUCCCUGUCGCUGUCUCCUGUCUGGGAGGGAGACUGAUUGUAGAAUGAGGCCAGGACCCACGGUGCUGCGGGUGAGGAGGAGUUGGGUCAAAGUGGGGGACCCCAUGGUCUGCAUGGGCGCGGGGUUCUCUGCGUCGUUACUCUGCCUGCUUGGAGGGCAGAUGACAGGGCUCUGCUGUGGAGGGGUGGGCGACGUUGCCCUUCAUUUCGGUCGUGGUGACGGUGGAGAGGAAAACUGACUGCUCUUGCCAACAGUCUGAGGACCGUUCGAUGCCAGGGCUGCUCAGAAAUGGAGGGAGGCAGCGAGCUGGGUGGGAGGGGAUGCAGGAGGAGUGCGGUGGGUGAGGCAGGCCCCGGUGCAGUGAGAGUCGGGGAGCCAGGCCAGGCCGGGCUGGGCCGGCCAGAGCCAGCUGCCUGCAGCAGUGCCUGCACACACAUGGGCAAGGGGAGCAGAGGGCCCCUGAGGGAUGAAGCAGUCAGUCCCCUGCAUGGAGCCACAAGAGCCGCGGGGGGCUGCCAGGCCCAUCCGGCCGACACGGUUGCCAUUUAUUCACCAUGCCACAUUUCCACCUGUCAGCCAGGCGAGGACUGCUUCCUGGCCACUGUCACCACAGUACAUGGCGAGAGAACAUAAGAAAACACAUGAGCUAGGACCACACGCAGUGCGCGGAUUUCUAGUGUGCUGUGUAGCCUGCUGACUAAAAGGGGAGACGAACAAAAAUAAGAGGGUAAAAAGAGUUGAAAACUGUCAUUUUCUCACCGUGGUUCUUACCUGGGCACCCAGUAGGCACAGGAUGGGAAGCUGUGGCUAGAUGUUUUGUUAAGCAGAAACUCACCCGAGAAAGGUGAGGGGGCUCUGGAGAAAUCAGUGGUCUGGGAAUCUCCUCUGCCCCGGCCAGCCAGCUGGGGCUGAGCCAGCCACCCCUCCACAGGCUGAGGUGCCAUGGAGCAGUGCGCCUGUGUGGAGAGAGAACUGGACAAGGUCCUGCAGAAGUUCCUGACCUACGGGCAGCACUGCGAGCGGAGCCUGGAGGAGCUGCUGCACUACGUGGGCCAGCUGCGGGCCGAGCUGGCCAGUGCAGCUCUCCAGGGCACCCCCCUGUCAGCCACCCUGUCCCUGGUGAUGUCCCAGUGUUGCCGGAAGAUCAGAGACACUGUCCAGAAACUGGCCUCGGACCACAAGGAUAUCCACAGCAGUGUGUCCCGAGUGGGCAAAGCCAUCGACAGAAACUUCGACGCGGAGAUCUGCGGCGUGGUUGCGGACUCGGUGUGGGACUCGCGAGAGAAGCAGCAGCAGACGCUGCAGACAGCCAUCGUGGAGCACCUGUACCAGCAGGGCAUGCUCAGCGUUGCCGAGGAGUUGUGCCAGGAAUCAACACUGAGUGUGGACUUGGAUUUCAAACAGCCCUUCCUGGAGCUGAACCGAAUCCUGGAAGCUCUACACGAACAGGACCUGGGCCCUGCCCUGCAAUGGGCCAUCUCCCACAGGCAGCGCCUGCUGGAGCUCAACAGCUCCCUGGAGUUCAAGCUGCACCGACUGCACUUUAUCCGCCUCUUGGCCGGUGGCCCUGAGAAGCAGCUGGAGGCCCUCAGCUAUGCCCGGCAUUUCCAGCCCUUUGCUCGGUUGCACCAGCGGGAGAUCCAGGUGAUGAUGGGCAGUCUGGUGUACCUGCGCCUGGGCCUGGAGAAGUCUCCCUACUGCCACCUCCUGGACAGCAGCCACUGGGCGGAGAUCUGUGAGACCUUCACCCGGGACGCAUGCUCCCUGCUGGGGCUCUCUGUGGAGUCCCCGCUCAGCGUCAGCUUUGCCUCUGGCUGUGUGGCACUCCCCGUGUUGAUGAACAUCAAAGCUGUGAUUGAGCAGAGGCAGUGCACUGGCGUCUGGAGUCACAAGGACGAGUUGCCGAUCGAGAUCGAGCUCGGCAUGAAGUGCUGGUACCAUUCGGUUUUCGCCUGUCCCAUCCUCCGCCAGCAGACAUCAGAUUCCAACCCUCCCAUCAAACUCAUCUGCGGCCACGUCAUCUCCCGAGAUGCACUCAACAAGCUCAUUAAUGGAGGAAAGCUGAAGUGUCCCUACUGUCCCAUGGAGCAGAACCCAGCAGACGGGAAACGGAUCAUAUUCUGACUUCCGUCUGAAAGGGACUUUGCUGUUAAAGCCUCAGUCCGCCUCAGUGGACUGGGAUUGGUUUCAGAGCACCUGGCCAAGGGGCAGUAUGUGGGGUGGGGCCUUUGGCAGAAGGCUGGGAUGAGGUGCACCAACCCACCCUGGGCAGCGGGCUCCUUGGCCCAAAGGCGGAUGCUGGCCUCUGCCCUCAAUCAGUCUCUAUUUGUCCCUGAUUUAGUGACAGCCCAGAGUAGCAGAGGGCUUGGCCACCAGCAGCAGAGAUUUCUCACCCCUGCCCUCAGCCAGUCUCACCACCAUGCUAAGGCUGUGUCCUCUCCUGCCCCACAGCCCAGGGGUGUCCAGCUGUGGCCUCCGCUGUACAGUCUCCAUUGUACAUAUCCACUCCCCACUGUAAAUAGCACAAGGUAGAACUGAGUGCCACUGUUUUAUAACUGAGUAAAUAUAUUCAUAGCCCUUCUCCUUA